AUGAUAGAUCUUUUGAACAUUUUUGGCAAAAAUGUUACAAAUUCUAAUAGCAAAAAUGAUCGAAGGAAUCGGAAGUUUAAGGAAGCUGAGCGGCUCUUCAGUAAAUCCUCAGUUACAUCAGCAGCUGCAGUAAGUGCAUUGGCAGGAGUUCAGGACCAGCUCAUUGAAAAGAGGGAGCCAGGAAGUGGGACGGAAAGUGAUACUUCUCCAGACUUCCACAAUCAGGAAAAUGAGCCCAGCCAAGAGGACCCUGAGGAUCUGGAUGGAUCUGUGCAGGGAGUGAAACCUCAGAAGGCUGCUUCUUCCACUUCCUCAGGGAGUCAUCACAGCAGCCAUAAAAAGCGAAAGAAUAAAAACCGGCACAGCCCGUCUGGCAUGUUUGAUUAUGACUUUGAGAUUGAUCUGAAGUUAAACAAAAAACCACGAGCUGACUAUUAGAAGACUCAUUAGUGCAGAAUCUUCCAGGCUGUAGAGCCCUGCUUCCCUUCUCCGACCUCACAAAGAUAAACAUCCCUCAUCUGAGUGCGUGGCCAUCCACCUCUGCUCUCCCCCAGUGCCUGUAUCUCUGAGUAGUUUAUUCUAAAUGUGGUUGACAAGUCAUUUCUAUAAGACAUCAGAUCGUUUACUUUGUGUCAUUUUUAGUAGCAGAACUGCAGGAAGACCAAAACAUGGUUAUAAUCCCAGCAAGUUGCUAACUGUGCAUUUCUCCCUUCUUAGAAUGAAUGUCUCCCCCCCAAACUGGCUAGCACCAGCUUCAUCUAUGAUACCUAUCAAGAAAUGUUCUCUGGUUUUGUUUUAUGCUGAAAGUAGAACACAAGUCACAUUUCAAAUGGAGGCUGUAAAUAUCUAACGUUUUCUUAUUUUGUUUUGUGUUUUAUUAUUUUUCUAUUGUUUUUACCAUCUUAUUUUCUUUGGGGACUUUUUGUAAUGCCUUUGUACAGCUCAUACCUUCCUGCUGACAUAUCUGAUAAUCUGCUUCUUGCAGUUGCCAGUAUUCUUAACUGAAAAUAAUCUGGUUUACCAUAAGUAAAAUGAGGAACUUGGCUCUUUGUUUUUUUGCAAGGAGAAGGUAAAGUAUGUUUAUUUAAUAAUUACCUAUCUUAAAUCUCAGUUGGAAGCAAUUUUAUGUUCAAGGAACAGGAAAAACUGAAAAACAUAAGUUUAAAUCAAUCAGUCAUUUUAAAAUAGAUAUUUUAAUUCUUUUGUAUAAAUAAAAUUUCAUAGGCUUUGACUUCUCAUGUUUUACUUUUAAACCUGAGAUUGUUUUUUCACUUAUUUUAUUUAUUCAUAUCAUGCCUUAUGGAAAUUUCUUUUUCCAUCUUUUCUCUCUUUGCUCGUAUUUGUCUGAUUAAAUAUUGCUCUAACAAUCAUCAAGGCAUAUGGAACGACUUAAAAUUACACCAAAAACUGAUAACAUGGAGUUCUUGAAUGGAGUGAAAGAUAACACUAGUGAGAGCCAGUGUUGCUCAAUAGACCCCCUUCCUUGCAGGUAUUGAUGGGCCGAGGAACUUGCUGAUAGUUUUUACCUGCCUCUAGUGCAGUGGUGAUCUACUUUGGCUGAACAUUGGAAUCAUCUGGGAAGCUUAAAAAAAUACUGAUGCCUGGGUUCUACCCCCACAGACUCUGAGAUGCAGCCUAAUUAAGGGAUUUCCUUUCAAAGAGUCCCUGGGAUUCUGAUAAGAAGCCAAGUUGAAAACCACUGCAUUAGAAGAUUAAAUGGUUUGAAUUAAGUCCUAUGUUAUGGAUCAGUCUAGGGCAUAAGAUUUAGGGUCUCACCUUUCCUUUGAUUCUAUUUAGUCAUAGUCCCUUACUUAUGCCAUUAUCUUUGUAAGAGAAAAUAUGUUCCAUUUGUGAUAAUAUUGGUAGAGCUGAAUAUGGAUGGCAUCUAUUAACAAAACAAGUUUACCUUGUCAGAUGUGCAAAAGCUCUCACUCUUGUUCUCUAAUAAAUUUUUUUUUUUUUGACUCUG